AUGGAGUCUAUCAGCUGUUCCGCGAUAGACGAGCUGCCAGCAGCUGCACUCCGGCACAUCGUCGCGCUCUUGGCGCUCUGCCCCGCCGACCCCGCCCACCCUGCAUUGGAGCGCCUUCGCGCCCUGCAGGUGGCGUCCCGCGCCCUGCGAGAUGCGGUGCGCGCCUAUAUCGCAUCAGUAGCAACACGGAUCGAGGGCGGCCAGCCGAUCGCGGCGCCGCGCCCCCACCCCUACUCCUCCCUCGCGAGCCUCGCCGCGCUGCAGCACGUCGACAUGACUCAUCAUCAGUCCCUUCCACCUCUACCGGCCAGCAGCGGCGGCAGCGGCGACGUGCCGCGGCAUCAACAGGAGACGCGCCGAGCAGUGCGCCGCUUCCUGUGCGGCGCGCGGCCGGCCGCGCCGGCUGCGCCGCUGCCUUCGCCCACGCGAAUCGCGACCCUGCGUUUCCUGAAAGUCGGCGCCCUCGCCUUCGCGAAGCUCCCCGCCUCGCCCCUGCUCUCGGCCCUCACCCGGAUCUCCCUCUCCCCGGACGACGCCGGCGACGCCUGCGGUGCCGCGCGGCGGCCAAAAGGCGGCCGCGGCCUCCCGGCCCCGCCGUGGAGCACCCUGGACUGGGGCAGCGCGGCGGCGGCGCUGCUGCGGCUGCCGCGGCUCGCUGACGUGGAGUUGAGCGAGGCGCCGCUGGUCAGCAGGGCGCUUGCGCUUGCGCUGCCGCGAAUGCCCGCGCUGACGUCACUCGCGCUGCACUGGGCGGCGUUUGAUGAGGAGGGUGCAGACGCCCCCACCGCGCGGCGCGCGGCGCAGUGGCUGCCGACCGGCGGCGGCGGCGCGUGCUUUUGGGCGGCCGCGACGCAGCUGCGGGCGCUCUCGCUGCCGGCGGUGGUCUUGGCGGCGUGCGGAGCGAGCGUUGCGCCGCUUACGCGGCUGACAGCCCUGAACGCAAACCUGGGCACCAUGACGCCGGCGGCAGCUGCGGGCAUCGCCGAGCGCCUGCUGCUGGGCUUCCCACCCGGCCGCGCAGCGCGCUGCCCGCACGCGCCGCCGCCCCCGCCACCGCCGCCGCCGCUGCUGCCGCUCUCGCCGCUGAAGCUGGCGGCGGCGGUGCCGCCGUGGGGCCUGGCGGGACUCCGAGAGCUGGCCGCGAUCACGUCGCUGGCCGCGUCCGGCUGCGAGCAGCUGCUCUUUGACGCGCUCUCCGCCCUGCCCCGCCUCCGGUCCCUCGAGCUCGUUGCCGCGUGGGCGGCGCCGCCGCGGCGGCGGCAGUGGUGGCAGGCCGCGCCACAGGAGAACACGGGGGAGGGCGAGGACCUUGCACUGGUGCUCCCGCGCGACGCCUGCGCGUAUGCAGGCCUCUCCGGCCUGACGUCCCUCGUCCUGUCUGGCUUCCAGCGCCCCGCGCAGCUGCCGCCGCUCCGCGCGCUGGAGCGGCUCGCGCGCCUGGCGCGGCUGCGGGUCGCGGGCGGGGAGGGGCUCGUUUUCGACGGCCCGGGGUCGAGCGUGUGGCUGGACUCGUUGGGGACACUGCGUUGCCUGAGGGAUCUAGACCUCGAGCCUAGCGCCACAACACCCGAGAUGUUUGCCAGCCUCGGCCUCCUGUCACGCCUCACGUCCCUGCGCGUCCGCGUGGCCGAGACCUUCACGGGCUGGCGCACCGACGACGACACCUCGUGGCUCGUCGACGCCCUCGGAAACCUCACCAACCUCGUCAGCCUCGAUCUGGAGCUGCCCGACCUGAUCAUCCUCCCGCCCAAGGACUCGCAGUUCCAGUUUCCUGAGAACCUGCAGGGCGGCGGCGCUGACGGCCCGCAGGCGCACCCGAUGCGGCGGCUGGCGUCGCUGGCGCGCCUCAGACUCGCCGCGUGCAGCGGCGCGCUCUGGCGCGUGCGCGACGCGCUGCCGGCGCUGGCCGCGAGGUUGGAGCGCCUCGCGAUCUCUGAAGUUGCGGAGGAGCGGUGCGGCCACCCCGCGCGCGGCGUCGCGCGGCGGCGCGGGGCGGCGGGCGCCUGCGUGCCGGAGGAGCUACGGGGCACGUCGCGGCUGCGGUGCCUUGAACUGCGCUACGAGGUGUCGCCCCAAGCCUGGCGGGUCCCUGACUGGGUGGCCCAAGAGCUGACAUCCCUGGAAACCCUCGUGCUCCCCGCGAUUGCGGGCAGUGGCUUCGAGCAGCGGCGCGCGGCCGUCGGCAGCGGCGCCGGCUGGUUUGUUGGUCCAGGCGACGGCGGCGGGGCGGGGCCGGCCGCGUCCGGGGUUUGUCCGGCAGAGCAGGCGGAAGCAUGCGAGGCGGGGGGCUUGGAUUCGCUCCUGGCAGUCAUGGCGCUGCCCAACCUCCGGCGUGUGUUGCUGGACGAGCGGUGCGCGCCCGCCGCGGCGCUGGCAGAGGCGAGGGCCGGGUGGUGGGGGCCGCGCGUUGAGGUGUGGUCGCCGCAGGACGACUGA